GCUCCUAGAACUCUACCAGCCGCCUCCUUCGAAACUCGAUACCUACUAUAUCCUUGGAGAGAUUGCUUAGAAAGCCACAGCUUUGGCCGAUGUCCAUCCUACUGUCGAUUUGGACUUACUCCGUCAGCUUGCCGAUGGUGUCCGAAGUGAUCGUAUUGGUUCCGAAGAUGCGACCCGUGCUUUGUGUCAGGUUUUUGAAGACACUUUCACCUUCGAAGUGCUCCAUGGCCAGCUCAAUUCCGAUUUGAAAGCGAAAGUCUCGGCAUUUCUCAGCGGCACUCCCGCAGAUGAUAUUGCAGCCAAAGGCUUCGAUCCCACCCCUGCCCCUCUGAGCCUUCACAGACAUCCUUUUGGUGGACGUGUACCAGAUGCGCACAAGAAACAUCAUCUCUUUGGUGGCCGCGCCCGUGCUAAAGUCGAAGAAACUAUUGAUACAUUGGAGCAUCGCCCAAUCGUGUACGAGGACCAUGAAAGAACCAUGAUCAUGGAGGUAUAUGCCGACAUCCCAUUCCUGAACUGGCAACAGAACGUACAGACCAGACCCGCCCUGACAUUUGUCCCUUCCACCGUACUCGGCUUGCAGAAUUUGAUCAAGGCAUACCCUCAUAGACGCAUCCGAUGCAGCGGUUACCGUCAUACCAGAUCUGACUUCUUCGCCGAAGACGGAGAUAUUCUCGUCUCUUUCGUCAGCUUACACUACGUCGCAAGCGUUCUACCGGAGAUGAUCAGCAUGUUUUCCGAUCGUAUCAACGAAGCCGAGCUGUCAGGCGAGUUGAGAAGCGUCCAGACCUUCCCUCCGAGGGCUGGUCAACCAGAUACUCAGCGCGUCCGAGUUGGUGUGGCAGUGACUCCCGAAGAGCUUCGUGAGUGGGCUAUCGCUGAUGGAUGGUCACUUCCUGUAGAUGUCACAGCCGAUGAGGUGACUACUGGUGGGAUUGUUGGCUCCAUGUGCCAUGGUUCUGGCUUCGCCCACAAAUCGAUCAACGACUACAUCCGAUCCGUCGAGUACGUCGACGUCAACGGUGUUGUUCAGUCAAUCACAGAUGCUAAGGAGUUGCACGCUGCCUUGGGUUGUUUCGGCCUCAUGGGUAUCAUCACGCACAUCACGUAUGAGGUCAAGAAGAUGACAUUCGCUGUCAUGCAACCUCGUAAGGUAAAGACGAUGCUUGCCGUCCCGCCACCCGACCCGAGCCAUGUCCCAGAAGCGUUGUUCGUCGAGACCAGUCCCGAUGAGCUCCAGGAGGCGAUCGUCGACUUUGAACGAAGAGCUGCGCAAGAUCAUUAUGCGGAGUGGUCAUGGUUCUCCUACCAAUCCGAUGUUCUCGUCAAUACAUGGUCGACAGUGGCAGACAUCAUUGUCGGUACUGAUUUCUACCCUGACAUCCCAGCUCGUUGGCAAAGUCAGAUUCUCGCAACUGGAAAUAUGGCAGUCCUGUCACCGCUCACCACAGACCCAGAAGAUCUGACCAUCAAGACAAAGUUACCUAAUGCUCUACACUUCCGACGUGGUCGCCACUACGCUCGUUCCAGAAACAUGGAAAUUGAGCUUCCGAUACCCCCAUUAGCAACAGACAACAGCAAGCCUGAUUGGCUGACGGUAAGGAAGGCUUGGUGGGGUGCUCUCAAUUUGGUGUACAGCUCAGCAAAUUCACCAAUGCGCCUGGCCAUGGACAUGCGGAUCACUGGCGACAGUGACAUAAUUAUGGCGCCUCAGCGAGGAAACAGUCAUGGUACUGUCGCCCUCGAGAUUGGUUCCGUCACUGACACAGUCACCGAAGAAGAAUGGCAGACUUUCUGUCAAAGUUUUGUAGACAUGUUGACUGCCCUGGCUCCAGAGGGUAAGCUGCGUCCGCAUUGGGGUAAAGAAUGGGUGAAGAUGCGUUUUGGUGGGCUUCCAGCACGUGAAUAUAUCAGGACGUCUGCAUAUAAGACCGAGAUACCAGAGUGUCUUGCGAUGUUGCAGAAGAUCGGCAAGCGACAAAGUUGGACAUUGAACGACUUACACAAGAGGUUCUCGAACAAACUGUUGGACGAUCUCUUUUUUCACGAGCCCUCUGAGCACGCAUGA